GUCCUGUCCCACCACCACCACACACAGCGCGAAGGACGUUGCUCAACGAGUCGCGCUCCUCACCUCCCUAGUCCUCGCCGCCGCUGUAGCCAGUCGAUGCUUCCUACUGCCGCCAUGCGGGCGUGAGCGGUCACCACGUCGAGCUUAAUCCCGCAUGGACGAGACGCUGCACACUCCGGUAUGGGCCAAGCUUUCACGAAAAUACACUUCAGCGCGCGAUAGGCCCUCCAAGAGCAGGAGCCGGAUCAUCUGUCGGACCUUCUGCCACUUACCGCUGCGACCAGGCCGAUAAACUGUUACACUCAACGGCCCCACACACUUAUCGAGGCCCCACCUUCCUACUGGACUCCCUUGGGCUCUCAUACCAAUAAUUCUGGAUGCACCCUGCGAGCUGGCUUCUUCCUAUGACCCGCUCCCACAUGCUCUCGGACCUCUCUCUACUUCCCCCUCCGACGCUCACGCCCGUACACUGCCAACACGAAAAGGAGCCUAUCUCAUCAGCUUUCACGCAAGCUUUGCGCUCGACUAGGCUCGUCCUGCUAGACUACAAGACUGCUGGCCUCGUGAACGUACAAGCGAUCGCAUUCCUCCUGCCGGCAUUCGCUACAAAGCCCUCGAGCAGGUCCUCAAGUGGUACCAAGGCCCUACCGAUCACACCAGCUCGGGCUGCGAGCAGCACCGCGGCGUCAAGCACUUCCACUAGCAUCUUCUCCACCGCCGCUCUCACGACGUCUGGCCCCGAACGACUGUACAGUACCCGAAUACUGUAGGCAUGCCGCUGCUGGUGCUUGCUGGCGAAAAUGAGCGGCGACUCCUUCCUCGUACAGACACAUUCCUUUACCUGUUGCGCCAUUGCCGUAUGCUUGGGGCGCACAGACGACGGCUACCCGCAUCUCUGAGCUGUUUAGCCACCGUCUUUACCCUUGCUUUGGACGUUGGUACUGCGGUCUCGAAAUGCAUCGUCAAUGCUGUUCGCUGAGACUUGCCUAUGUCAGUGAUGCUGCUGGACAUGUGCGACUGACCUAUGACAUACAUUUUCGUGACCCUCUACAGUUUGUCAUGCUUAGCGUUAGUUCGUAAGGUAGGCGAAAGGAUGAACAUCGACUCGAUAAGUGCCUGGGGAGAUUGCCGAUAAGUGCGACAAGGUUAAGUGGGCCAUGUUCGCACGCGUAGCAUGCUCGGCGUAGGUGCUUUUACACGUACUCGACCUCGGACGACGACGACGACGCCGCCUCCCAAGCAGACGCAGGAUGGACUUGAACACCAGCAAUAAAGGAUCGGAGGAUAACGAGAAUAUUCAGGCACUUCUCGAUGGCGUGGUGCUUGCCCUCAACAUCGCCAAGGACGCAAGCGCAGCGUUUCCACCGCUUCAGUCCGCUGUCGGGGGAGUAGUAGGCAUUGUCGGUGUUGUGAAGAAAAUGCGAGCGAAUGCCGAGCAGAUCAAGCUUUUCGAGAAAUAUGUCACUCAGCUCUCCACCACUCUCCAACACCCUAUCUUCAAGGACAGGGGAAAUUGCCCCGAAGACCUACGUCGGCGCAUUGAUAUCCUCGUGGGGCAGCUGAGCGAGGUGGCGAAGGAGGUUCGCAAGCUCAACUUUCGAUCCAAAUUCUCCCGACUUCUCAGCUCAGACUCGCAUGCCGGAACAAUAGACGACUGCAUCAGGCAGAUGUCAUGGGCCAUUAACAACUUCCUUGUUGGAGGAGCGAUGAAUAUCGAGCUUGCCGUUAGUAAAUUGUCCGUGACAGUGGAGAAGGGCUUCGACAGGGUGACCGAUGAAAUCCGGGGACUGGGCAGUCAAAUCGCGGCUGGCAGCUGUAAGCGUUCUUGCUUCAUGUUUGAUGGCAUAGCCCAAUUUAGUCCUAUAGCUAGUCCUAUCCCUCGAUACGUUGAUGCCGCCCGCUUCGACUACCCUAGCCAACGCUCCGUCUGCGAAGGUCAAACGCGAUCAGAGACUCUGAACACCGUCUACCAGUGGUUCCUUCCGGAUCAGGCAGGACUACGGAUGCCUGAGGUCGUUCUGCAGCUGCCGAGAGCAGAUGCACGGGUGUUCUUGCUCAGCGGCGUGGCCGGUAGCGGCAAGUCGACCAUCGCACAGACUGUGGCGCAGUGGUGCUCAGAACGCGGGUAUCUCGGCGCAAGCUUCUUCUGUUCUAGGGACAACCGAGAAUGCAGUGAUUUCCAGAUGAUAUUCCCUACGAUCGCCUACCAGCUUGGUCUGUUUUUUCCCGAGUUCCAGCACAAGAUCGUGGAGGUCAUGAAGCGGGAGCCUCACAUCCAGACAACUCUCGUCUCCCAUCAGCUCAAGCGUCUGAUUGUCGAUCCUCUGCGAAAGUUGCCGACAUUCCCACCCUGCGUAGUUGUCAUUGACGCAUUGGACGAGUGCAAGGACGAUCAUGCAACAUCUCUCAUUGUCCGCGCGCUGUCCGAGCAUGUCUCCAGCCUGCUUCCCUUGAAGAUUCUCCUCACAAGCCGCCCUACACCAAACAUUACCUAUGGCUUCCGCUCCACCGGCCUGCUCAACACCACCCAACACAUCAUUCUUCACGAGGUGCCGCCGAACACCACCGAGCGCGACAUUGGCAUCUUCCUGCAAAAGAGGAUGGCCGAUAUCCGGGAGAGAUAUGGUUUGGGCAGGUCGUGGCCUUCGGCGAAACAGGUGGCACGACUAGUCAAGCUCUCGGAUAAGCUGUUCAUAUAUGCCGCUACCGUCAUACGCUAUAUUGAGGAUACCAGUGCCAGUGACCCAGAUGGUCGUCUUCGAUUACUACUCGAGGGUCAAGGGAUGUUGUCCGCAGGUGCGGCAAUUCCCUUCCACCAGCUGGACAACCUGUACCUCCAGGUUCUGAAGAGUGCGCACCCAGACACUACUCGAGAGCUCAAGUUGCGAUUGAAGAUCACCCUGGGCACGCUCGUCCUCAUCCGCGAUCGUUUGUCGCUAAAUGCGAUUGACAAGCUCAUGCUCCUCGAACAUGGAGCGGCUCGGACUACGCUGACUCACCUCCAGUCGAUCGUCGUGAUUCCCGACGAUGACAAUGCUGUCAUCAGCCUCAUCCACCACUCAUUCCAGGACUUUCUCACUGACGCCACUCGAUGUCACGACCCCGAUCUGUUGGUCAACCCGGCACUCCAGCAUAGGUUUAUCGCCCAGCGGUGCCUCGAGACCAUGAUCGGCGGACUGCGGACGGACAUUUGCAACAUUGGGCGGAUCAUGCCGAACUCGGAAGUGCCUGGACUUCCGGAGCUUGUGGCGGAGCACAUUCCUCCGUCCCUGCAAUACUCCUGUUUUCAUUGGACACACCAUAUGUUCCGUGGCGAAGUUGACAACGAGCUGUUCGACUUACUGAUCAAGUUCGGCUCGAGCUACUUGCUGAACUGGCUGGAGGUUCUGAGCCUCCUUGGGGAAUUAGGCGGUGCAGUUUCAGCACUGCAGACACUUCGCAAAAGGUUACUGGAGUUACCCCUCCCACGCUCCGACGUCGUCGUAUUGUUGUAUGAUUGCCAGCGAGCCAUACAGCAGUCAUUCCCAGGCCUCAGUGUUUCUUGUCUCCAAGCAUAUUCUGGCCUCAUCCCUUUCUGUCCUACAUCCAGCAAGCUCCGAGAGCAUUACGCCAGGGCAGGACAAGGAAUUGGACUUCCAAGGGUGCUCAGUGGACUCUCGCAGCAAUGGGACACAUGUACUCUCACUAUCGAAGGCCAUUCGAGCUCAGUAAUCGCAGUGUGUUUCUCAGCUGACGGACACCGCAUUGUCUCGGCAUCUGCGGACAAGACAGUCAGGCUGUGGGAUGCCAUCACAGGCUCUCAUCUACACACUCUAGAAGGACACAACGGCCCAGUCAGAUGUAUAUCGUUCUCACCCGAUAACAAAUAUAUUGCUUCAGGCUCCGAAGACGAGACCAUCAUCAUUUGGGAUGCCAUUACUGGCGGACACCUUCGCACUCUCAAUAAUCACACUGACGAGGUCAGCACCGUAGACUUCCCUCUGGAUGGGGACAUCGCCGUCUUUGCCUCUGGCUCCAACGACCACUCGAUACGGAUUUGGGACGUUAACAGCGAGUUUGGCUCGUACAUCAAGCUGUCUCCCGCACACGAAUCAUUCGUCAAGAGUGUCAGUUUUUCCCGAUCUGGAAGACUCCUGGUUGUGGGCGCGCCAUACGCACGCUCGUAA